AUGGGCAAGCAGUCGGUGGCUGUGGUUGGGACGGGGAUGGCUGGGUUGGUGACUGCAUAUCUGUUACGACAAGAUAAAAAUAACCGCUUUGAUGUUGAGAUAUUUGAAGCGGAUUGCCUUGCCCUUCCAAUGCAGUUGCCCAAGGAGAGUAGGCUUGUCGGUGGCAAGGCCAGGCAUUGUGAAUCACUGGGCCGAUAUUUCAAACGGGUUUGGAUGCCUACCUAUUUCGUUGAACACUACCUUCUCCCCGGGCUCGCUAGCAUAUCAACCUGCACCCACGCCGAGAUGUUGAACUUCCCAGCAAAAGACGUGAUCGAUUAUAAGAGACUCUCACACAAUUCUCCCCACUUGCGCGUUUCCGGCGGAUCCUUCGACCACGUCAUCCUCGCCGUUCCCCCCAACGCCGUCGGAAACAUCUUCGCCCCCCUCGCAUCCGAAAUGGCACACAUCACAACCGCAUCCGUGGAAUCAAUCAUCCACACCGAUCUCUCAACCAUAAAACAGCAAACCAGCAACGCCCUCUAUCAAAUGGAUCUCAAACCCAACCCGCCAAACUGGAUCCAUUUCCGCUCCUCUCCCGAUCUCACAGAGGCGGUACACGAGGAUCCAGAGUCCGCCGUCGUCGUGACCAAUUUUCCCACCAGCCCUAUCGACCCAGCUAAAAUUAUCACUCGCACGUAUUUCACUAGGACUCUUAGGACCCCUCGGAGUCGGGAUAUCGUGAAUCGGAUAUUCAGCCCCGGACCCGCGCGCAUGCCGAUGCCCGCCGCUGAUGAGAAAUCGUUGAACGAAGCGAGCCUGUUCCGGAAUGGAGAUGGUAACCUGGUGUUGGGACGGGAUGGUCUUGCUUGA